AAUGAGGCACAAGUGGACAGUUGAUCGGGCCUGCAAGUCUCUGAACGGAUAACUUCAUGAAAUUGGGAAACGGUGGCACGCUCGUUCAAUUUUGAUAUCCGAAAUUCCUUUGCUAAUUGUAAGACGAGUGAGUCGCAGAUCAUGUACCAGGCGUAUUUUAUGUCACCAAGAGUUGCUAAAUAUAUCAGCGACGAAUUCGAGAACAAACUCUAUGGGACUGCGAUCGUUUCGUCCCCGUCGUUUACUACAACCCCCAGCCGCGCAAGCAUUUAAAACAACGCCUCGAAACGUAGGUGUUGAGAUACCAUCGCUUCAAAAAUCAGGACUCCUCAAAAGCCGCGAUGCAUCAACCAGAAAUCUACACGACAGCUAACAAUCUGCAACGCCAGGACGCUGCGGAUGUAAUCGAAGAGUUUGAAGACGAUUUAGCCGAAAUUUCGAGUCGCUGUCUCGAUGCUGGAACCGGCCCGGGGGACGUUGUGGUCGAUUUUCUUCUUCCGAAAUUGAACCCAACGGCUACCGUUGUCUGCUCAGACAUCUCUGAGCCUAUGGUAAACUUCGGAAAAGAAAGGUACAAGGAUAACAGCCGGCUGUCAUUUCUGAAACUGGACAUCGAGACGCCAAAUUUACCCAGUACCCUCGUAGGACAAUUCGACCACGUCACAUCCUUCUACUGCAUAAAUUGGUGCCAAGAUAUCCGACAAGUAUUUGGAAACAUCUUCGAUCUGCUCAGACCCGGAGGAACGACUAUUUUGUCCUUUUUAGCGAACAACCCGAGCUUGGAUUCCUAUCCAAUUUUGGCUGCCAUGCCUCGUUAUCAGCCCUACAUGAAGGAUUUCAGGCGUUACCUUCCGGUCUUUCAGGGCAAUUAUUGCAACGGUCGACGGACGUUGAAAAAUUUAGUCAAUUACAUCGGUUUCGAAGUCGGACACUGCAGCCUCAGAGAAAGGAGCCACGUAUUCCAUAGCAAAGAUAACUUGAAAAACUUUUUAGUAGCGGUAAAUCCGUUUGUAGAUCGAAUGCCCGUGGAACUUAGAGAAGAAUAUAAAGAUGAUCUGACAGAAAUAGUCGCGAAACAGUUCAUCAUCUUCAAAAACAAUAUAAAUAACAAUAACGACGAUGACUUCAGUACACUGACCAGAUAUCACAUAUUCGUAUUAAGAUUAAAAAAAAACCUAUCCACGUAAAUCUUUCUACCUCUCGAAAUACCUAUCUUAGAAUUGAGAUUAUAACAGUCGUUUGUGAACCGGAGGUGUACUAAUCUUCAAAGCCUUUCCGAAUCCCACAACAGCUGAAUUUAAAUAGAAGUUUAUAAUAAAAUAAAUUGAUAAAAACGCGAAGAACA